AUGGCUAGCUGUAUGUUCAUGGCUUUGCGAGCGCAUGGCCGUUUUCUCCUCUUCUUGGCUCUCGUCGCGUGCGCGGAUCGUGCCCCGGUCACCCGGCCCGAGCCCGUCGCAUCGCUAAUGGGCUCCCCUGCAGCCCAGCCCAAUGCUGCCGCGGACGAGUUCCUCACAGUCCAAAACCAGGCCCGCGCCGCUGUCGGCGUUCCGCCGUUGCAGUGGAGCACCGACUUGGCGGCGGAGGCGAGCAAGAUGGUGCAGUACCAGAAGGAGCAGAAGGGGUGCGACUUUGUAGACAUGAGCUCUAGCCCGUACGGGGCCAACCAGGCGUGGACCAGCUACCCGCCGAGCCCAGCGGAGGUGGUGGGGUCGUGGGUGGCACAGGGGAAGUACUACAACCACGACGACAACACGUGCGACACCGAUGCGGCGCAGGGCGACUGCGGCACCUACACGCAGGUGGUGUGGCGGCGGACGGCGGCGGUCGGGUGUGCACAGGCCACGUGCGCCGGCCAGCAGGAGGGGGCCACCAUCAGCCUUUGCCUCUACAAUCCGCAUGGGAAUGUGCAGGGCCAGAGACCCUACUAGCUAGGGCCAACUUUUU